GAUGACUGCGCUCCUCUCAGACGUGACAUCGUUCCUGAGCUGCCUUUAAAAAGAAGGCAAUAUGGCAACGACAGACGCAGAUAACUUUUAUUAUAACUUCUCCAUCGUUGAUCCAGACGAAAAUGGAAGUGAGAAUUUUCACACGUUUACAAGAGUCUUCCUGCCCUGUACCUACUCGGUUGUUUUCAUCCUGGGGCUAGCAGGAAACACACUGGUCUUUGUCAUACUGGUUUUCUAUGAGAAGCUGAAGAUGCUGACAGAUAUAUUUUUGCUGAACUUGGCUGUAGCUGACUGGGUCUUCCUUUGGACGCUGCCAUUCUGGGCGCAUUCGGCCGCUCAGGAGUGGGCUUUCGGCACGGUGGCGUGUCGUGUCAUACGGGGCUUGUAUACGCUGAACUUGUACACUUCCAUGUUAACCCUGACAUCUAUCACCUUUGACAGGCUUGUUGCUAUUACUUUUGCCACCAAAGCACACAUGUGUCAAACCAAACGAACGACGUGGGGCAAGGCAGUGUGUGUCUUGAUCUGGGUGAUCUCACUAGGCUUUGCCACACCACAGUUUAUUUUUAGUGAGGUGGUUAGCAUUGAUAAGGCGAUAUGUCACGAAAAAUACCCAAACCACGGCACAGAACUGGUUCUUGAAGUGAUCCAAGUGACACUUGGCUAUUUUAUUCCCAUGCUAGCCAUGAUCAUCUGCUACUCACUAAUUGUUAGAACCUUACUGCACGCCAGGAAUUUCCAAAAGAAGAAAUCUCUCAAGAAAAUAUUUUCUGUAGUUGCCAUAUUUAUUCUGACUCAGUCACCUUAUACUUUCCUGAGACUCAUAAAGAUCAUAGACUGGAGCUUUAACUUGAACAGCAGCUUUGAAUAUGCAAUCAUCAUAACAGAAGCUCUCGCUUACCUCCACGGCUGUCUCAACCCUAUCCUGUAUUUCUUCAUGGGGGUCAAAUUCAGGAGGAACUUAAGGAAAAUUAUUAAGAGUUUAAGAUGCAUCAAAGGGAGAGUUACAGCGAAGCACUGGCAAACCACUGAAGAGGAAGGCUCUAAAACAUUUACUGCCUCCAAUAACGCAGAUGCCACAAGCAUGGAUCCGCUAUAAAACUUCCUAGAAAGUCUGGCAGCUGUUUACAGCUUCCUUUUCUUUUUGUGUUUUAAUGUAAAUGGUGAGAUAGGUAGCCUGCAUGAAAGAGGAAUGACAAUCCCAUCAGUAAAGACAUUGCAAUAGGCUUUGGGCCAACAAUCAGGACACUUCAGCAUUUCCUGCUUUUCCUGGUCAAAGCUGAUCCCAAGACAAAGCUGGUAACUGAGUUAACUGUGCAGGACGUCUUCAAAAGAGAAAAGAAGAGAAGAGGUCCUCCUCCCCCUCCUCUCUGUCCUGGUGAGGCCUCAUCUGGAGUCCUGUGUCCUGUUCCGGGCUCCCCAGCUAAAGAGAGACAAGGGACUUCCAGAGAGUCCAGUGGAGGACUAGCAAGAUGAUCAGAGGACUGGAAUAUCUUUCUUAGCAGGACCUGGGGCUGUUUAGCCUGGAGAAGAGAAGGCUGAGGGGAGUUGUUAUUAACACAAGUGCUUAGAAGGCGUCUGUUAAGAGAAUGGGGCAGCAUUUUUCUCUCUCGUCUCCAGUGACAGGACAAGGGGUAAUGGAAAGAAGCUGGAACACAGAAAACUCCAUUUAAACACAUGGAAAAGCUUUUUUACUGUUCAGUUGAUGGAGCCCUGGCCCAGGCUGCCCAGGGAGGGUGUGCAGGCUCCUUCUGUGGAGGUUUCCAAACCUAGCUGGAUGUGUUCCUGCGUGACCUGAUCGAGGGGAACCUGCUUUAGCAUGGGGGUCCCUUCCAAGCCCUACCAUUCUAUGAUUCUAUGAAAAGGCAUGAGAAGCAAUGAGAUAAAAUUCUGCUCUUCAUGACAUAAAGUUAACUUGAACUUCAUGACUCUAGAAGGGCUGGAGAUAGUCACCAGACCUCUAGCCUGCUGGUUUUCCACUGAAGGUGUUUGUUAACCAAAGCAUUUAUGAGUUUUGUUUCACAGAUAUUAAAGAUUUUAGUUCAGCUUAUUCCUUUCAUAAGAAUUCCUGGAUUAAAAGCAUUCACAUUUGAAUUUUCAUGCUGGGUUUCAAGUGUGGCUGAUUUUUGGGGGGGUUUUUUGUAUUUUUCCAUUU